CCAAAUACUGGGCACAUCAGCUCUUGACUCUCUCAACAUAUUUUGCAGCCUGCUUCUUACAUCCUACUCUUUUAACUCUUCAAUCUUACAGCGUGUGGCUGAAGCUCAAGCCACACUACCAGUACGUUGGUUCUAGAAAGCAUCACUUACAAGACACUCAACCUUAACCAGAUAUCGCAAAAGGAGUCUGAAGAUAUUGCGAUAAUAUUCACUUCCGAUUUAGUGAAUCUUGUCACACUCUGAACGCCUAUUUUCUGUCAGUGCACCUCAGGACCAUGGAGGACAGGCCUGACAAGUACGCCAUACACGCGGCAGCGCGGGAGGGGAAGGGUGAGUCGGUCGUGUAUGUGCUGAGAACGCACAAAGGAAAGAUUGCUGACGGAUCCAUUCGAAACUGUCCAGUUGAUGUUGUUGAAUCUCUCCUUCACGCCAACCCAAAGCUUGCCCAACUCAAAGACGAUGACGGCCGGUUGGCCAUCCACUGGGCGGCAUCAUACAACCAGCCCGAGGUGGUCAGCCUGUUGAUCAGCCAAAAGGGCUUUGACCCGGAUGCCGAGGACGACAGCGGCUGGACACCACUCAUGAUCGCGGCCAGCGUGAAGGAUGCCGACAAGGUUGUGGACAUCCUGCUCGCCCGCGGUGCCGACGUCAACCAGACAAAUAACAACGGCCAAACAGCUCUUCACUUCCUCGCGUCCAAGUCCAACCUGGAUCUUGCGCGCAAGCUCCUUGAACAGCACACCCCGGCGGCAUCAACCCGCGUGCGCGACAAGCGCGGCCAGUACCCGAUCCACCGUGCCGCCGCCGUCGGUUCGGUCCCUAUGCUCAACCUCCUUAUCAAGCACAACAGCCCGCUCAACGCGACCGACAGUGCCGGGCAAACGCCCUUGCACCAUGCGAUUGCCGAGGGGCACGGUGACGCGGCGAUUGCGUUGUUGAAAGCCGGGGCGGAGGCAGAUAAGAAGGACGUGGAUGGAUUUCUGCCGUUGGAUUUGGCGCCGGGGAAAGACGUUCGGAAAUACAUCGAGCGGAAGGCAGAGGAGGAGGGUAUUGAGCUGUAGGCCGGAAGCUUCGGAUCACAUGUCGCUGGUGACUCUGGGUCAUAGACGGGACAUGGCUGAGCUGGGAUAGAGGGGGCCGUAGUAAGAAAGACAAAAAAGUAAGGGCGUACUCGA